UCGGUGUCUUCUCCUGGGCCCGUUACCUUCACCAGUUCCAACUUCCCCGUCUCACCUCAUCACGCUCUCCAAAGUCAAAUGAUGCCUAAUUCGGAGGAUCCUCUUUUAUCGUCGGCACCGAAAGACUUCACCGCUGGUCGACGUAGAUUCGAAUUUCAAUCGUACAAGCUCAUCAGCAGUCAAAAUCUCGUGGAUUUUGGAUUAGGCAAUGGUGGUCUCGCCAGCAUAGUCGUCGACAAUAACGGCGAGUUGAAGCUUAUUCAAACAGCAGGUCUUCAGAAGGCAAACGUUCUCGUGCAAGCGGGUUCUCUUAGCCCAGCGAUUACAUUCAAGAAGGAGAUUCGUUUGGCCACGCCAAAAGUCGAUCCUGUUACCAUAAAUCUCGGCUUAAACGUACAAACACAAAAUCAAUAUAACACUGGGCAAUUCAAUCAGCAACAAGUCGUCAAUCCGGCCAAGUUUCUCGUUCAAACUAGUCAUACCGGGAAGAAUAACAAUUCGAGGCAAAACAAGAACAUGAUAGGAAAUCUUUCGAUUCCGGUAGACCAGAUAAAGGAAGAGCUAUUGGACGAGGACGUUUUUCUUAGUCCUAGCAGUGUUCCUGCUGGCAGCCCGAUGCGUCAGUGCAAGAAAAGACCACGCAUGGAUUGCCAAUAUGCCAACAGUUCACAUUCGUAUCCAUCGAAAUUGAGGAAACUCUGCGAUCGGCAUUGGGACAGUAGUUACACCCCACCGCCCAUAUUGAAUCCUUCUCGUCUUGGUCCGGGACUCUACGCGAGACUGCAUCAAUACGAGAAAGACUCGGAUUUCAGCUCGGAUGAUUCUCAAGGAAACGAGGGGCCGCCACCUAGAAUCAACAUAGGCACUAGAUAUCAACCCACUAUUCCACCAUUGGGUUCCAAUGUAGACAAAGGGAAAGGAGGGCCCGAAGAGGACCAUCUUCUUUGGGAUCCAGGCAUAAAUGAUUUAGUCACCAACAACGAGCUGGAUAUGUACUUACACUUUGCCUGUUGUGCCGGCAUACCAGGAGGUGGUAGAAACACAGAGUAUGCGUUUCAUCUGUUACACAUGUGCAAAGGAAAUAUUCAUGAAGCUAUGCUGAAAUUGAUGAGACCAACGCCCACGUUACCUCCCGAACAUCCGUUGCUUAGCCACAAAUGCCAUGAAUCCGAUCGUUGGACAGCACACGAGAUGGAUACUUUCUAUCAAGGAUUACUCAAAUAUAAUAAAGAUUUCUCAUCAAUUUCGCGAGACAUAGAGACUAAGUCCGUUAAGCAAUGCGUGCAAUUCUACUACCUCUGGAAAAGACUCUGUCCUGAUGAUUAUAAGAGGCUUCGCCUUCAUCAUGGAAAGCCAAAAAUCAAGAUCGAAAAGAAGGAUUGUAACGAUAUGAGAGAACUUCGCGAUGCCAUUUCCUCCGUUACAGAAAUGGACUUUAGCGAAGAAAAAUCGAUCCUUCAUCGUACUUUGUUACAGACAAACGAAAGAGAAAACUCAGCGACUUUCACUACCAGCGAAGGAGAAUUAAGAUUAUUUGCUUAUGAUUGUCCGGAUAGCUUUAGCGGAAGUGUAACAGUAACGAUGGCCGGGAGCACCCAAAUCGCCCAAACCGGCAAAACCGGCCAAGCCACAGUCAACACCAACUCACAAACUCACACUAGUUCUGAGCAACAACUACCCGUGCCUACCCCACUUCACUACCCCUGCAAGAUUUGCGGGAAAGUUUUCAACAAAGUGAAAAGCAGAAGCGCGCACAUGAAAUCACACAGGCCAAUACCAUCCCCCGAUUUUACGGGUCAGGAGUCUAAACGGCCGGCGCAACAAUCCAAGCUGCAACAGUUGCAACAACCGAAUCAGCAGCUGCGGCAGCAACAGCAGCAGCAACAACAACAACAGCAGCAGCAACAACAACAACAACAACAACAACAACAACAACAGCAGCAGCAACAACAACAACAACAACAACAAGUACAACAAUCAAGUGGUGCAUCGCCAGAGACUCAAGAAUAUCAGCAACAACAACAGCAAGUAUCCUUGACGAACGGCGACAUCGGCGCUCAAAGUGCAGCGCAUUUAUGGCACAACCCUACAAGACUUAGGCCACCAUAGGGGGAGACCCAUGUAGUUCAACUUAAGUUAUCUUAACGAAGACUGUAAUUCUAACGGUAGGAAUUUUGAUUACGAUCGCACGAUAACAUAGGCAGGUUCUUGUUUAUUCGUACGCGAUAUCACGGUUAUCUCUUCCUACCUCAAUGAAAUGAUGAAAAGAGAGAGAUAGAGAAAAAAAGAAAUCCAAACAACAUCGCCCGCUCCACGAAGAAGCAAACGUGCCCGAAGAAAUGUGAUACACAUACACACACGCACGCACGCAUGCACGCAGACACACACACACAUCCACACACGUAGAAAGAGAGAAAGAGACACACACGUACUUCCAGGACUAUCAUCUACAAAAGUAUUUCGUUCCGAAAUAAUUUUAUUUGCGAUCACGAAAGUUGCGGAAUGGAAGCUGAAGAAGAUGAAAAAGAGAAGACUCGUACGAGACGUAAGAAGUAAGCGCUCUUAGCCGGACUAUAACUAUGAAGUCAACGGAUAGGUAUCAGGCAUACGAAAUGCACGCACGGUGAAUUUUCGCAAAAAAAUCUAAACAUCGUACGCUUCAGUUCGCUACGUUGCCUAAGAAGUGAUAACGAUAGAACGGCUCCUCUCGAAACAUACAAUCAAAAACUUCGAACCUCUGUUCUAUGAGGAGACAGGGUAUUCGAUCGUAAUACUUUUUUUUUUUUCUUCCUAAUACAAAAAUUACGAAAAGACGGUGAAAGUUAGGACGCACGCUUAUCGUCGGCGACGAGAUAAUACCAACAGAAUUUCACCUCCAUCGAUGGAUAUGGCCUAACAAAUAAAAAAAAUAAAUAAAUAAAACAAAGCGAACAAACAAACGUAUUAUAAAGUACACAGUGGACAGGCAGGCGAAAUAUCGAUUGCGAGCGAAAAGCGUAAAUCAAAUGGCGAAAUAAAAAGCUAGUGCGCAGUCGCGAGCAAAUAUUUGAUAUAUAUACGAGAAUCGCGAUUUCGAAGAUGGAUGUGUACUUAUUUAUUAUGCACGUGAAAUGUUCCCAAAUUAUGCCACAAGACAUUGCUGUUACCUGUUGCCACUUUAUCAUUCUUUUUUAGUGACCUAGUAACGUUUAUCUUUUCUCUUUUUUCGAUUUCUUUCUUUCACCGCGAGGAUCAAAUUACGAACAUUGCUUUUCAUUUUACACGAGUAAACAAUGAUUACAAUAUUCAACGAAUCAAUUAUAUAGACUAUUAUAUUCUGUCAGGAGAUAUUAUAAGGGAAUUUAUCAAUUUCUCAUUAGGCAAUUUAUAGUUUACAUUUUAGAAAUCUACUUCGCCCGAUAUUUUUUAUGAUUACGAAGAAGAAAGAGAAAUGGUUCGAAAAUUGAUCCUAGAAUGGAAGAAACGAUUGCUUGUACGUUUUCUAACUCGUUGUAUUUAGUUAUUUUAUUAUUAGCAUAUGAGAAACGAUCGAUAAUUAGUCUUUACCGUACGCACAUAAGAUCGUUGAAAAGCUUCCUAAUUUCCUUACCUCUGUUAUACGAAGCAUUAACAAUAUUCGAUCGUAUAAAUUCUAAUAUAUAAAUAUAUAAAUAUAUAAAUAUAUAUAUAUAUUGAUAUAUAAUACAUAUAUAUAUUGAUAUAUAAUUGAAAAUAAUUUAUAGUCUAGGCGAAAUAGUUCUCUAACAAGAAGGUUGUUCAAGUUUCGCUCGGAGAUGUCACUCGGUCUCCGAAACUGACAAUGAGUGUAAUAUAACGAGUACACAUGCGCUAAUGCAUAAAUAUUAUACAUAUUUGCAUUCAGUACUGGCAGAGGAUAGAGAAGUUUUAUUAAAAAUAUGACUAAAAUACUGGUUAUUAAAUUGCUAUGUGUACAUAAUAUGUGUACAUGUCUGUACAUAUAUACAUCAGUGUCUGUAUGUACAAGUAAAUGAAAUUUAUGCAUAUUAAGUAGAAUAGGUUUUAGGUUGUUUUAGGAAGAUUCUAUAGGUAUAUGAACUAAAUAUAUACAUUUUACUUGAUUUUCUAUCUUACUAGGGACUACGUGGCGAGACUCUUGCAAAAACAAUGAUGGGCCGCACGAUUUUAAAAUUAAUCAGGAAUGAUGCUUCCUUUUUUUUUUUUUUUUAGAUGGACACGAUGUAACGAUGUUCCUAUAUGUAAGGUGCCUUAAGACGAAACUGUUUUAUUUUUCUCUUAUAUUAUAACUUUUUAUCCGUGCUCGUGAUCUUUCUCGUAUUGCUUUUUAAAUAUCAAACGCACGUUUUGGUUUAUAUUUAACACGAUUAGUUGCGUUGAAUUUUACUGACUGAAACACGAUAUAUUUACUUACGUACUUUUCUAUUUGAGUCAGACCCUAAUCUUUAUCUUUUUCUAUUUAUAUAUGUAUAUAUAGGAACAUCUUUUCCAAGAAUUGCAUACAAUACGUUUGAGAAAGACAAAAUGCAUUGCGAAUCAAAGCAAUGACGAAAGGCGUUCUAAGGUUCUAUAAAGUGUUGAGAUAUAUAUGUAUAUUAAGUUUCAUUUAGUGAAACUCUAAAUUGUUAUUCAAGAGAGUUGCCACUGAUCGUAGACGCUAUAAUUCUACCUUAAAAAUAUUGUUACUGUUAACACUCUUCUUCUUAUUAACUUUUACCAUUAAAUAAAUCACCAUAUACAUUUAAACUUUUUAAACUUUUCUCAAAAUAAUUGCAAAGUGACUGAGGACGCUUUAAAAGAAUCUGCCAAGUCUUGAUAACUUUUAACAGUGGCUUUUAAUCUUCGACUUGUUUCUGUAAAGAGUCCAUGGUUAUUCGGUGAAGGUCUGGCGAAAAAGGGGAAAAAUAUUUCUCUUCGGGCAUUAAAAAUGAUCAGAAUACGAUGAAACUUAAUUUCGAAUAACUAAUACGUCAGCGCAUAAUUUUAAUUUUCAAUUAUUUCUUCCCGAUUUAUAAAGACGAUACGCAAAUUAGACACCGUACGUUUCGGCUACGAUAUCUCCAUUAUUUAUAUAAUAUAUAUAUAUAUUUAUUUAACUAUUUAUUAUUUAAUUUUCUAAUUAUCUAAUUUAUUAUUUAUUUAUUUAACUGCCUACGUAUGUAUUUAUUUAUUUAUUUAUCUAUAUAUAGAUAACAUAUUAAUCCAACGGAGUAUGACAAAGGACAUUGCUUUAAUUUCUUCUAAGAGAUCCGAUAUAUCCUCUAUUCGAUAUAAGAUUCUUUUCACUGCUUGUUAAUUUAAAAAGCUACAAAGACAUUGUCAGUCCGAUAUUUCGUGUGUCAUUCCGGUUAGAUUCAUACGUGUUAAUCACGAUGCUACGAAUACUUUUAAUGUCCAUGGAAGCACUCCUUUUGUGAUCGUAAAGCAUCCUUGCUUUUGUUACGCCUGGGUAAUAGCCUCCAGUACGAACGACAGAACGUAGAACUAGAAAUCUAUAUAAUAUAUAUAAGGUUCUAGAAUUUCGAAUCUUAUAAUUAGUUUAUUUAAGAAUAAAAUUGUUACGUAUUCCGACCACGGGCUCGAGGCAUAGGUCGAAGGCAACAAAAUUAGCAGACAUAUCAUUUAAGACAAUACAAUUGUUACAGAAACUAAGUUUCUACUAAUAUAAUUAUUAUUAUACGUAAUGUAACUCUUAAACAAAUUUAGAGAUUCAAAGGCAACGGCGUAGAUAGUGAUAAAUGGAACGAAGCGAUAAAAUUCUUUGACUCUGCAAAUCCAGAAAUCAUCAACAUCAGAUUAUUCGAAAAAAUAUUAUUUUGAUUAUUUUAAAGCAGUAGCGCUGGCAUUAAAAAGAAAAAAAAAAAAAAAGAAAAAUAUGACUUAACAACACUCGUCAUUUCUUCGUCGUGCUCUAUUUUAAUCAGAGAUCACAGAAAUAUAUCGUUUCUAUGACGAGGUAUCUAUGAUCAUGAAAAAUUAAUUGGAAAUAACGACAACAUCUGAUUUUCUACUUACAUGCGAAAGGCUUAUAGUAGUAAUAUCUGGAUUUGGAGCAGUGUGGCUAUGUAUAGAGCUGCUGGAGGCUGCUUACUCAGACAAUGGAGAGAAGGCAUAACAAACGAAGCAAUGAAAUAGUAACGAAGAUAUGCAUGAAUUGUACAAACGAGUCCCUCCACGUCACAGAAAAGAAUGAUAUAUAUAUCUAUAUAAAGAAUAUAUAUAUGUAUAACAAAAAUGAUAAAUAUGUGAUGUAUUUAAAUGAUAUGUGGUAAAUGAUAUAACAUUAUUUGUACAUAGACGGACCCGUGCCAUCAACUAAUGAGUUGUACCGAUAUUAUUACUGCCAUUAGUCCUGUCGCAGUAACAUCGAGUUCAAUGAAUCUGGAUCAUAUAUUAAACGCAUCAAAGAACAUACUUUUUAUUUUUGUUUUCAUAUCUUUCAAUAGACUAUUUUUAAUGCAUAAGAUUAGACGAAACAAAAAAAACAAAGAAACAUAAAUUAAGAUCUUUUAACAUCAUUACAUGGAUAAUCAACAGAAAAUACUCUACUAUUCGUUCGUUUCUUUCCAUUUUGUUUAACUAAUACAUUAGUACAUCUAUCUCGGCGAACUAUAUUUUUAAUUUCUCUAAUUUCUUGUUCUUACUUUACGCAUCUAUAGCAACAACAUUUCUCAAAGUGAACGAUUGAUUUUUCUCAAUGAUACCGCGUCGACACAUCUCUCAUGUUCUAUGGCACAAACAAUAACUCGUAUGUUGCAUAAGAUCUCGAUAAUCGUUAACUAAUACUAACAAUAGCGAAAUUUUUAAUGUCUUUUCCGCGGUAUAUUGGUACAACUCGACGAAGAAAGUGUAGCAUGAUUAUACACUCGAGGAAUGUGCUCACGAAUACCGCAUUGAGGAGAUAAAAAGAAUCUACUAGAUGACAUUUACGGAAAAUUACUCUUAACAAGUGAAAACUUAUUACAAAUUAUCGAUAUUGUAAUCUAUUCGCCCUCUUACCUAUUACCUACUUUAAUGUCUAUCUCUAUACACCAGCAUGGUUCUUUAUACUCUUCUAUUUGAUGUUAUAGUAUUCUCUAUCAACUUUUACUACAAAACGUAUUGUUAAUGAUAUUUUUAAUGUACAAGGACGUGGUCAGCUGUAGGCCGUCCCACGAUCACCUUCACUCUCACGAUCUUGUGCGAGGCGACGGCCGAUUUUCAAUAACAAAAGAUAAGAAAAUAAAAAAAAAAAGAGGAAGUAAGAUCAAAAAAUUAAUCUCACAACGGGAAUAGAUCGAAAUAAUUUGACUUGUUUUGUCAAAUAUUCUGUAUGCGAGACAAAGAGAGCUUAAUGUUAGCGUGAAAAAAAUAUAAAAAGAAAGGAAAAUAAAAUAAAAAGGAAAAGGCUAAUGUUCGUCGUGUUAUACGAGUUAUCGCAAUAAAUUCCAUAAAUAGAUAACUUAUAGGACAGAGAGACUCGUUCGUAUUUAGCAAUAUCGCGACGCGAUUUCCAUUAUCGUCGUUUUUCCACUUCUCUGCUCAUACGGUUGCUAUCGAUAAGUACCUAAUAUUAUAUACGUUUAGAUUCUUCACCUCGUUAGACUUUUAAGCGUAACGCGAUAUAUUUAUUAUUAUCUAUAUCCAUAUACAAUUUACGUAUGCGUGCCGAAAGAAUGGCGGCUCUACUACCGAUAUAUUUAUAUAUGUAUAUAUCAAAAUCGCUCGAAGGUUGACGCGACAAGCAAUAUGGACAAUAUACGUAUAUUUAUUAAAUGCGUUAAAGAAACGUGGGCCGACUACAGCUGGCCAAGAAUGAAAGAAAAAGAGAGACAGAUAAAUAGAUAGAUAGAGAUAGAUAGAGAAAAAGAGAAAGAAAGAGAAAGAGAAAGAGGGAGAGAAAGAGAUCUGCUUUAAGUCUUACCUAUAAAACGCAUGUAACGUGAGAUACCCGGUUGACUUUUGAAAAAGGAACAUUUGAAGUUUUUACAAUUUUUUAUUUCAACGUUUUCAUAUUUUCUUCGUUUAAAUAAUCAGAUAUAUAAAAAGAAAGAUUUAUUUAACAAAAUCAGUAAUAAUUCAUACAACGUUUCUUAAAAGAAACUUAAUUGUAUUUUAUUUAUUACAAACAUAAUACCAUUAUAACAGAUUUUAACAUUAAUAUAGAUUAAAUAUUAAGUAGGUUAAAAUCGAAUUUUGAAUUCCUGAAUUUUCAAUAGGAAACUGGGACUCACCGUCAUAUUUAAGCAUAGUUCAGUCAAUUUGAAGCGCGACCUGGUACCGAGUUGCCAACGAAAGUAGGGCCUAAUCGAACGUGAAACCUAUCGACAGAUUCUUCGAUUAAAGAAAUUACGAUAAACGAAAAAA